CUGACAACAAAACGUAAAGUGCUACGUUACUGAUGGUGUCUGAGCGUCGGGGCGCGUCACGGUUGUGGACGGUUGAAAGGCUGGUGAUUUACCACGACAGUCGUCACUGGUCCGAACUCCAAUCACGUGACAAACACAAAGUGCUAAAGUAGCAUACAUGACCAUAAAGCCAACGUAUGUUUCAGCGAGCUGGUCAAGAUGCAAUAUACUGUAGUUGAAAGUGGCGCUCUGCUGUCGCGAACCCACGCAGCCCCCUACUGGAUAAUUACUCAAACUACAGGUGAAGACUUGCAGUCAACAUGGUGAAGAGCAGAGCGAUGAUGAAGAGGAGGAAUAGGCUCCUGUCGGCCCUGCGCCUGAGAAGAACCACCACGGUCUCCCUGCACGAGAGGUUCACUCAGGUGCUGCAGAACCAGCUGAACGUUGGUGGUGGGAGACGCCCUCGUCUUCACCGGGCACGGUCCCACCUGAAGAGGACCGGGCUCUGGACCCGGCUCGGCUGGCUGAAGGUCACUCAGCGGCUCUGUGGCUUCUGGAGUUUCAAGAACAAGUACGGCUGGAGAGCUCGGUUCAAUAGACGAGGCGUCCACACUCGAGGCCAGCACCGCUUCCUGAAGACCCGCAACCUCAAACCCCAAACAGCAGGCCCAGCGGGACAUGGCUGGCAGGUGGGGUCCAGAACCUUCCUGAGUGCUGCAGCAGGUCGGAGCGAUCGUGAGGCGGGUCUGGGUCCACGCCGUGUGAUGAUGACUGGACCCAUGCUGAGCCUGGCACCAGCUCCAGCCCAGUCAGAACCAGAGUUGUUCGGUCUGCAUGGGUCUCUGACUCCAUCCUGGUCUGUGCCUGGACCACAGAGUGGCGGGGCCUCGGCAUCCAGGGCCUGGAUCCGCUGGAAGAGUCCUGUGCCGACCAAGAGUCAGCUGGACGCGGAGCUGGACGACUACAUGUCCAUGAUGCCAGCACGUCUGGACGCAGAGCUGGACGAGUACAUGUCCAUGAUGCCGGCACGUCUGGACGCAGAGCUGGACGAGUACAUGUCCAUGAUGCCGGCGCGUCUGGACAAGGAGCUGGACGAGUACAUGUGCCAGUCCGGGCAGUCGCUUCUGGACUGACACGGCUCGGUGCCCAACCUCUCACCCACUACUAAUGUUUUAUUUUGACAAGCUGUUACUUGGGAAAUGUUCCGUUUGUUCUUCAUAUCUUUUAAUUAAAGAAGGACCUCGUAGACCAAGUUGAGGGUUUGAAACCUGACGUGGACUGGGCCUUCAUUACGACCAGCUGCCUGAUGUCUAGGCUGCACACCGGCAGUGGUCUGUACCACCUAAAGCUUUGACUGAAGCCGAGGCGUUUCUGUUGAACUCAGUGCUCGCAGGUGAAAACAAAAACCCUUUAAUCACAUCAAGACACCAUUGAGGUUGGAAUAUCACACCCGAGCAGCACAUUCCACUUCUGAAGUUGCAUCAUGGACAAUGGCUCUUCUUCCACUCUUCUCGUCCGAAUACACUCUACCCCUGGAUAAAUA